CACGUCGUUGGCUUUACCUCGCAGAGCGAUGGGAGCAGCGAACGUUCCUCGACUUCUCCUCCCGCCUUCUCUAGCUUAAAUACCGACCUUUCCAAUGUCGAAGAGCAACAUAUCGUUGCGCGGGUAUCUUACCAUGUCCUUCGCGAGGAGAGAACAUUUCAUAUAGCAAAGAACCUGAUGGCCACGGCUGAUCCAGAUGGGAUACAUAAUGUAAAGCCGAUCGACCUCAUUCGCUUGAGUCCGCAACCGGGUGACCGUGCGGCCAUAAUCGUGUCGAUCUACGAGCAUCCAGGAGAGAACUAUCUCUUUAAAACCUUGGAUCUGGGGCCAGCAUUUUACUAUGCUAGGAAAGUCGAGGACCGGUUCGAAGCCUAUCGAAGGACCGACUUCACUCUGGAGCCUCCCAUCAGUCUAGUACAUUUUCUCGACUUCGCGAUUGGUGCUACGCAGUGUUUGGAGAUAUUACAUCAUGGCCACGGUAUGGUCCAUGGAGAAAUAAGAGCAGAUGCGUUUCACUUCAACAUCGAAACCAAUAAGGUAAAGCUAAUAUCUUUCGGCUCGGGAGUAAGGUCGUUCGAACACGGGCUCACUAGCACUGGAUGGUCGACGCUCUCUAAAGAGCUCGGAGCGAAGAACAAACUAGUUUAUAUUAGUCCAGAGCAGACCGGUCGCAUGCCAGCAGAGCCAGAUACGAGGACUGAUAUUUAUUCUUUAGGUGUCCUAUUUUGGAUGCUUCUAACUCAGCAGCCUGCGUUUACCGGGACCACGCCUUUAGAUAUCGUCCAGUGCGUGCUAAAUCGUCGCAUUCCUUUGGUGUCUAGUAUUCGGACGGAUGUGCCCGAAGUCCUUGGCCGCAUCAUACAGAAAUGCACAUCCAAGAAUAUCUCCGACCGAUAUCAUUCAGCUAGUGGUCUGCGUCAUGAUUUACAAACGGUCCAGAAAUUACUGGGAAAUGGAGAUUGGACGGCCCUGAAAGAAUGGCACAUAGCCUCGAAGGAUAUUUCAUCAUUCUUCAUGUUACCUACGGCUAUGGUUGGACGUCAGAAAGAGCACGGCGAGAUCGUGAAAGUCAUCGAAAGAGUCGCAAAGGGCCACGCUAUUGCGAGUAUUGGAGCAGCCAAUCGAUUUUCGGACAAUUCAGCCCUAUCAAGCGAGCUCAUCGAUACCGCUGAAGUUUCUAGCGAAGGUGCGAGUUCUGUGGAAGGGGGGCUUCGACGCAGCGGCUCCUUUUCACAAUCCUUCUCAGAUUCAAGGCCAGCGAGAAGCGUUCUCCCACCUUCGGUCAAUGGGACCGACACUCAAACCAUCUCUGGUGAAACGAUCUCCUCGAGCCAGUCAGGCCCCAAGUUAGCCAAAGCUUCGGAUAGACAUCAAUCGGUCUCACUUGAGCCUAAGACAGUCUUCGAUACCCUUAGUGAGCAAAGACAAACUUCUUCACGCCACAGCGGCACUGAGACCUCCAGCCUCUCAAGGCAAUUGGGGUCAGCGAAAUUUCGAAGACGGGGCUAUUGCGAGGUCGUUACUAUCGAGGGUGCGGGUGGGCUGGGAAAGAGUUUUCUUGUUCAACAAGUAUUGGCUGAUGCAAGGCGGAGAGGAUAUUGCGCUACGGCGAAGUUCGACACCGCCAGGAGAACCGCGUUUGGGCCACUGCUGAAAUUGGUAUCCUCUCUAUUCAAACAAGUAUGGGGUGAAAGCAAUACCGAUACUCCUCUCCACCGUUCUCUGAAAGAUUAUGUCCGUCCGAUAUGGCCGAUGCUUCACAAUUUACUAGGGCUCCCCGAGUUUCUCCUAGGUCCGCAAGACUCAACACCGGCCCCGUCUCCUUUGCCACAAGUAUCUAUGAACGGACGAACCAACAAAAUCCCUUCGAGUAGGCGUAACUCAUCCCCUGUGAGCUCACUUGGGAAGCCAGGGAGGCCAGGCCAUCAGAGUCCACGCGUAACAUCACAGAGCUCCCAAGAUUUUUUACGAACUGGCGGAUCUACAAAAACGAUCCGCUUAAUGAACACAUUCCUGGAUUUACUAAGAAUAUUCACAAGUCACCACUUCGUUUGUCUAUGCCUGGAUGAUCUCCAAUUUGCCGACGACGAGUCUCUAGAGUUGAUCACCCAAGUGAUUUCGGCUCGGCUGAAGAUGGUGUUAAUUAUAACCUACCGGCCUGAAGAAUUAUCUCCUGACAAGGUCCAAAAGAUACUCCAGCCCGCCGAGUCCGAUGAACGCCCCAAAUCUAGUGGCCCGAGAAUUACGAGAAUUGUUCUCUCGCCACUAACCGAAUAUGAGAUACUGCAGUAUGUUGCGUCGACGUUAUGUCGGCCCCUAGAAGACGUUGCUACUUUGGCCGUCGUGAUUCAGUCGAAGACCGCUGGCAAUCCUUUCUAUAUGAGAGAGAUGUUGAAUGCCUGCUACCGCAAAAGGUGUAUAUGGUAUGACUAUAAGGAAAACAGGUGGCGCUUCGACCUGGAUUGGCUGUUCGAACAGUUCCAAGGAGAGGAUAAUUAUGAUGUUUUGAAUAAUGACUUCAUCACACGCCGACUGAGCGAGCUUCCAGCGGCAUCGCGAGCUAUCUUGGCAUGGGCAGCCCUUUUGGGAAACUCCUUCUCAUUUGGCCUGAUAUGUCAGCUUCUAGCUGGCGAUUACGAACUUACUGACGAUGAAGAAGGCCAUGAGAUGAGCGGGAUACUCUACCGUACCAAGUAUUCCAAAGAAGAGGCAGUGGCAGGGCUACAAGCGGCAAUCAAUGCUUGCAUCAUAGUUCAAGGUGAAACUGAUGAUAGGUUUCGGUUUGCUCACGAUAGAUAUGUUCAAGCGGCGGCGUCCUUAAAAGAAUGUAACACCCCUCAAAUGCAUUUCGCUAUCGCACAAACCUUGUUAAGGCAUGGUCGACCCGAAGUCAAAUCGAGAGAUAACACCGCCUCGCAUAUCACCGAAGCAGUUCACAUAAUUAAGCGGCAGGUCCAUAUUCGACAACCAUACCGAAAGCAUCUGAUGGACUGUGCUCUGUGGUCUGUAGAGAAUGGCGCCAGACCGACCGCUGCGAAGUAUUACCACAGCGCUAUCUUGCUUCUACAACCAGACCCGUGGACGGAUGGGCUCGAAGAUGUCGACUACGAGGAAACCCUAAAACUUCAUUUGCGUACGGCGGAAUGCUAUAUUUACAUGGGAAAUAACGGAACGGCUCACGAUCUCGCGGAUACCAUUCUUAGCAGCGCCAAAAACGCCGAGGACAAAGCCCCCGCCUGGCUUCUCCUGGCCCGAGUUCAAUCUCAGAAUGGAAAUGCGGAGGCAGCGCUUGCUAUCCUAAAAGAAAGCCUGUCUCAGUUGAAAGUUGAAGUCGAUCCAGAGCCUAGCUUGGAGAAGUGCGAUGCGCUCUUCAUGGAGUUAGCGACCAAAAUCAAAAGUAUGGACAGGACGGAGAUCUUGGAUCCCCUUGGUGCUAUAGACAGUCACCAGGUUACCAUUGGGGCUAUUCUCAUAGAUGCCAUCAGUGCUGCUUGGUGGAGUGACAACUUGGAUUUCUACAACCUUUCACUUACACAUGUUGUCCUCGCCUUGAAACAAAAGCAUUUCCCUCAUUCCAGUACCGCCUUUCUCUACGUCGCCAUGAUCGCAUUAUCUCGGUUCAACAUGGUCGAAUUUGCCGCCGAACUCGGCAGCCAAUGUCUGGAGCUUCUCGAGCGGUCCCGAGAUUCUUUCUCUUCGGCUCGUGGUUAUAUGGUGUAUGCCAGCUUCGUCAGCCAUAUUCAAGUUCCUAUCAGCGUUUCUCUAAACCACGCCGAGCAAUCUGUCGAAUUCGCGUCCAACGCCGGUGACCGCAUAUCCGUUAUCCUCAGCUUUGGACUCUCGACUCAGAUGAGGUUUUUCGCGAGCGAGAAUGUUACAUAUCUAGAAUCGAUCUGCCAAUAUUGCUGUGAGGAAGUACCGGCUUGGCACCAAGAUACUAGGGGCGGGACUUUCUUGAUAGCGGUUAGACAGAUAUGUCGUGCGCUCCAAGGCAAGACGGGGGCAACGAAGGCAGAUACGGUGAUGACAGACGAUCAGCAUAACUCGAGUUCUUACAAGUCUUGGCUUAGCAUAAAAACGCGGAACGGUGGCAGGUCUAUUCUAAUCUACGAGACCAUGGAAAUUAUUGCAUUAUACUUGUACGGUUAUCACAGAGAAGCCUGCGAGAUGGGGCGAAGGUGUCUCGAUAAGUUGGAUUUAAUUUGGUCCGCCCGAAACAGUCGAGCCGUCAUAUUUUUCUAUGGCCUUUCCCUUGCGGGUCUGAUGCAGCGCAAACUUAACGACCCGAGAACAGCUACUGAAGACUUGCAGAACGAAGUCCAAGAUACAAUCAUCCGGCUCGAGUGCUUGAAUAAAAAGAUUAAAGAUUGGCAGGUCGUUUCAGACGCAAACUAUCUUGCUUGGUCAAAAUUAUUAGACGCUCAAAUCGCAGAGCUCCGCGAAGAUCAUGGCUCUGCUAUACGGCACUACGAAGCAGCAUUAGACCACGCCUCAGAGUACAGUCUUCUUUUCGAGGAAGCCCUCGGGAAUUCCUUAAUGGCUGGCUUCUUCGUCAGGCAGUCGGCAAGGCGAUCAGCAACGGCGGGCCUGAGAGAAUCAGUUGCCCUCUGGCGACAAUUAGGGGCGGCUGGAAUUGCACAGCGUAUUGAGGAAGAUCACGCAUUCCUUCUCCAUAGUCCUGCUCGCCAUUCGAGAACGGCCGAAGUUGCCGUACAGACCGAUUUUGCCGGAGAUUCCGCAUCAGUGACGUAUGCUGCCGCGGAUACUGAAGACGUCCCACAGUCAGUCCAACCUGUCAAUGAAGAAACGAAGGAAACCCGGAUGGCUGCUUGGCGCGGCUCAACACAACCCGAAGCUGGAGCUGGCUUGCCUGCUCUUGAUAUGAUCGACCUGCACGCCAUUCUAGUUUCGUCCCAAGUUAUUUCAUCCGUCUUACGAGUUGACGACCUGCUCAAGACGAUGUGUAACGUUAUCCUCCAAACCUGUGGUGGGUCCGCGACCCAAGCAGCGAUCAUUGUUCAGGACGAAGACGACGAGGAGGACAACUGGUGUAUCGCGGCUAGCGGGGAUCCAGAAAGGGGUGCCACAGCCAACCUUCCUGGACAACCGCUCAUCGGUUCAUCACUCGUUGCCGAGAACGUCGUUUUAUACUGCGCUCGAUUCCGCGAAGUUGUCUUCAUCCCUGAUCUUAUCAGCGACGAGCGAUUUGGGAAAGUUAGCCAUUCUUGGCUACAAAGCAAUUCGCUAAGCAAGGCCGUCAUUGCGAUACCCAUCUGCCAUGGUUCAAAGCCGCUGCUUGGAGUACUAUACCUGGAGGGCGAACCAGGUAGUUUCACUGAUAGGAAUGUCACUGUUCUGCAAUUGUUGGUGAAUCAGAUUGGCAUCAGUUAUUCCAACGCUCUCGCCAUGAAGGCAGUCGAGAAGGUGUCCUCAGAGAACGAGGCCAUGGUUCGGAUACAAAGACAAGCUGUCGCUAAAGCUCGAAAUGCUGAGGCCAAAGCCAAAGACGCCGAAGCUGAAGCUAAACGUAACGUUAAGAUUGCCGAAGAAGCAGCAAAAGCCAAGAGUAUCUUCCUCGCCAAUGUUUCCCACGAGCUACGAACGCCAUUGAACGGUGUUAUCGGUAAUUCUGAGCUUUUACGAGACAGUAAUCUCAAUAAGGAACAACUCGAGAUGGCAGAUUCCAUUCGAGUCUCGGCGGACCUCCUCCUUACGGUUAUCAACGACAUCCUUGAUUUCUCUAAAAUGGAAGCCGACAAGAUGAAGCUUUACAUUACUGCAUUCAACCCAGAAGAGAUGGUACGCGAGGUAGUCAGAGCUGCCUCGUACAGCAACCGAGAAAAGACGUCCAAGAAAAGCGUUGAAAUCAUUCAAAACAUCGACAUACCGCCAAUGCUCAUAUAUGGAGAUCCAAUCCGCUUACACCAAGUCCUUGGGAAUCUUAUUAGUAACAGUCUCAAGUUCACAGAACAUGGCUCUAUCACUAUUGGUACCAAGGUGGAUAUGAAUACCCCAGAACAAGCGAAACUUACCUUCUGGGUCGAAGAUACUGGUAUUGGUAUCCCACCCAAACAGCUGGCUAAACUCUUCAGGCCCUUCAGUCAAGCGGAUGCAAGCACUGCUCGCAAAUAUGGCGGUAGCGGGCUCGGCCUCAGCAUCUGCAAAUCGCUUAUUGAGAACAUGAUGAAAGGCGAGAUCAAGUUGGAGAGUACAGAGAAUAAGGGUACGAAAGCCUGGUUCACGGUCACAUUUAAAAAGACGACGCCCGAUGUAACAGCCGGAGAAGCCCAACCCGCUACUACACCUGCAGUGGUUGGAAGACGUAACAACUUUCCUCAGCCGACACACAAUCAGCAUCUGGUGCACCCGGUCAUGGACCUAGCCAAAAUUCCGAAAGAUCAAAUCCGCAUCUGCAUCGCAGAAGACAACCUCAUAAAUCAGAAGAUUGCUAUCAAGUUCGUGCACAAGCUUGGAUAUAACAAGGUUGAUGCUUAUGAGAAUGGACUUAAGGCGGUAGAAGGUCUACGGCAGAAGGCUAGGGAGGGUGUUCCUUACCACGUAGUCUUGAUGGAUGUUCAGAUGCCCAUCCUCGACGGGUACGAAGCCACAGCGCUUGUCCGCAAAGAUCCUAUCGAAGAGGUGAGAAAAGUCUUGGUCAUCGCCAUGACAGCUUCUGCGAUACAAGGCGACAGAGAAAGAUGCCUCGCAUCGGGAAUGAACGACUACCUUGCCAAACCGGUCAAGGCAGAUUUGCUCAAGAGGAAGUUAGAUACCUACACUACGGGGAUCAUCCAACCUCCAACACCACCUGCUACACACCAUCCUGAUCCUAUCUCUACGCAAACAACUCCGACAGAAUCAUCGGGUAGCAAUGACACGCCCGUCCCUAGUCCUCCUACGGUGAAUCCGCUCAAUUUCAUGGCCCGCUCUCCACCUCUAAUCUUACCAAUGCAGAAUAUAGAUUCUGCAUACACUCCCAGCGGUUCAUCCAGCGAGAAAACAUCGGACGAGAUCGUUUCGCCGACAACGCGCCGGCCGCGGAAAUUGACGAAGAGCCGGAACAACAGCGAGACGAAGAUCGUAUACACCAGUAGCGCCGAUAAGCCGAGGGCUGUCUUAACUAAGAAGAACCCGAAACCAUAUUCAAGCAGUUCGUCUCUUCUAGAAAGCGAUACGAGCCAUGACGAUUGAUGAUAAGGGUUAAAGUUGCUUUAUGAAUACGCAGGCAGGGCCGGUAGUUGAUCGGUAGAGGGCUUUUAGUCCCAAAUAGACGCAUUCUGGAGUUAUGGGCGUCUAAGUGAAACUCGAAGUACAUCGAGAUGGGUUGAUGGCAAUCCCAUCAUCUUCUAUAGAAACAUCAUGUCUACCUAAGUAGUCAACAUGAAUGCUUCU